AUGAAUGUAAAAACGAAAUCGAUUUAUUUUCUUUCUGCUUCUCGCUUUCAAAGUUAUUAUCAUAAUCAAGUUCGUCGUUUACAAUCUAUUGCGUUAAGACGUGAAGAUAAAAGUCAUUGGGAACGUCGUGUGGCUUUAACACCAGAUACUGUUUCUAGAUUAAUAAAAGAAACUGGUGUUAAAAUAUAUGUUCAGCCAUGCAAUAAACGAAUAUUUAACAAUAAUAAAUUCAUAAAUGCUGGAGCGAUUGUUCAGGAAGAUAUCUCAAACGCAGAUGUUAUUUUGGGAAUUAAAGAAGUCCCAACAAAAUCUCUAAUUCCGAAUAAAACUUAUAUGUUCUUUUCACAUACUCAUAAAGGCCAGUUAUAUAACAUGUAUAUGUUACAAGAUAUACUUGAUAAGAAAAUUAGGUUAAUUGAUUAUGAAUUAAUGACUGAUGCACAAAAACGACGUUUAGUUUUAUUCGGGACCCACGCUGGAAUGAUCGAUGGACUUCACGGUUUGGGACGAAGACUUCUAGGCUUGGGCUAUAAUACUCCAUUUAUGCAUAUCGCUAUGUCUCAUACGUACAAGUCUUUAGAGUUGGCAAAAUCUGCUGUUAAAGAUAUAGGUGACGUAAUUUCCGAUGAAGGUCUUCCAAAUGAUUUUAAUCCUAUGACUUUUGUCUUUACUGGGACUGGAAACGUCUCUAAUGGCGUGCAAGAAAUAUUUAAAUGUCUGCCACACGAAUAUAUUAGAGUAAAAGAUUUGCAAGAAUGUAUCAAGGCACCUCAUAAAUUUAGCAACCGUAAAGUAUAUGGAUGUCAAGUGUAUCUUGAAGACUAUUUAAUUAACAAAAUAACCGGAAAGUUUGGUACAAAAGAAGAUUAUUACAAUUAUCCUGGCAAUUAUCAUUCACUAUUUCAUACAAAGAUCGCUCCGUACACGUCAAUGCUUAUUCAUGGUUCUUAUUGGGACUCGCGAUAUCCUCGACUUAUUACCAAAGAUCAACUUUGCGAGAUACAAAAAAACUCUAAUAAUAGCAGAUUGUUGUGCAUUGCUGAUAUAAGUUGCGAUAUUGAGGGCGCUUUAGAAUUUUCUCAUUCAACAACUAUCGAUGAUCCAUUCUUUUAUAUAGAUGCUGUCGAAAAUGUUGAACAUAAAAAAGACGAAGGUAAAGGAACACAGAUCAUGGCUGUAGAUAUUUUGCCUACAGAAAUUCCUCGUGAAAGUAGUGAACAUUUUAGCAGGUCACUCUAUCCCUUUAUGAAAGACUUGAUCAAUGGAACCAUUGAUGACAAUUCAGUGCUCUUUAAUGCCACCAUCACAAAAGAUGGUCGGCUUAUGGAUGCACACUCUAAAUUGUCUAAUUUUUUACCAGGAAAUUAUUUAUCUCAAUUUCGAGAAAAUAACUUCUAUUCGCCUUUUAUUGGCAAGCCGGUUAUAGGAUGUAACCCUAAUGAAACUUACUGGAAAAUAUUUUGGCCAGUAAAGUGA